AUGUUAUCUGAAAGUGAAAGAAGGUAUUCUGAAGCAGACACGGGCCCAUUCCUUGUCCACAUAAGUAAAAAUGAAACUGAUCCUGCUUCUGGUUCAACUUUGAGAUCUGUAAAGGUAGGCCAACUUUUAGUUACUAAUGGUAUUAAGAAUAUUAAACGUGAUGGCAUUAAAAAGAUAGGUAGGAAUCGAGUUUCUGUUGAAUUCUCUAAUGCUGAUGACGCCAACAAGUUUUGCCAUAAUCCAGUUUUGAGUAAUAACAAUCUUACUGCCUCCAUUCCAACUUAUAAUUUUUCUCGCAUGGGAAUAGUCAGAGGAGUUCCUACUGACAUUUCCAUGCAAGAAUGUGUAGAAGCUCUGGAGAUUCCCCAAGGUUUUGGAAUCGUUUUAAAGGCCAGAAGGCUCAACCGGAAAAAAAAAACAGACGAAACCACUGAAUGGAUUCCGACGACUACUGUUGUUCUUACUUUACAAGGACAAAAAUUACCCGACAGAGUUUUCCUUUAUAAAUCCUCUCUAAUCAUUGAGACAUACCAACUUCCAACUAUACAAUGCCGGAAGUGCUGCAGGUUCGGGCAUAUUAAAUCUCAAUGCCGAGCAAAACCUCGCUGCUUCCGCUGCACCAAGGAACAUGAGGGCAUUGAUUGUAAUGUCUCUGAGUCCUCCGCUACAUGCAUCAGUUGUUCAGGUUCUCAUCUAGCUACUGACCCAGUUUGUCCUGAAUACUCAAGACAAAAAAAUAUAAAACAUAUUAUGUCUGAGGAAAGCAUUUCCUAUUCCGAAGCUUCCCUACGUUUCCCCAUGUCCCGCAAAUCCUUUGCUGAUGCAACCCGUCAAAUCCCUUCCUCUCCAAUUACGUACUCUUCUCAAAAUCCGUCCUCUCCCCCUACCUCCUCCUCUUAUAAGAAAACCGUUUUCUUUAUGCCUCGCCCCAGAGCUCCUCUUGGAAAAGGCUAUGAUAAAGCAACCCAUAAUGACAUUGUUCGAGAUCCCCAACUAGAAUCGCAAAAUGGGUGUGCCUUAUCAGGCACUACUCCAAUUACCAGAUCUCAAAGAGAGAGCAACGUCCUCAUCUCCUGCCUGACAUUCUUUUAUGACAUCAUUAAAACAUGUAGUGAUGUCGACUUACCGCACAACGUGAAGGAAAUGUUAUUCAAAAUUCUUGACACUAUUAGAUUAAAUAAUGGCUCCGAAGAGCUUGAUACAAUGGAAUGCUAG